AUGUUAUCUAUUGAACAGAGAUGCAAUAUCUGUCUUAUGGCAGAGAAGAAUAAGAACUGGACUCAGUUACAGUUGGCAAGGUGGGCUUAUGAGGCGUUUAAGUUGCCUAAGAUUCCUUCUCAGGGUGCUAUAUCGAGGUUGUUGGCUAAACGGGAAGUUUAUAUGAAUUGUAAGGACCACCAGAAGGGAGCUAUAAGGAUUAGGAAUCCUACUAAUGUGUUGGUACGACGUGUUUUGCAAGAGUGGAUUUCUCAGAGUCUUUGGAAUGGUAUUCCGAUCACUAUUCCUAUAUUGCAGCAGACUGCACAGUCGGUUUGGCAUAAAUUGGCUGAAGAGCAUCGAGAAGGUGAUGGUUCUUUUAGUUCCAAAUGGAUUAAUACUUGUCUGUCGAAGAUGGGUUUAGAUAUAGCGGAUUUGACUUUUGAGUUGCCCAAGAUGCCCAAAGUCUGGAGUUUUGAAGAGAGAGAUAUAUUGAAAAAUAUCUUCGCACAGUUACCACCUAACAAUGUCUUCACGUUGGAUGAAACCUGUUUGGCCUAUGACCUGCCUUUGGAUUACGCUCAAUACGACACCAACGACACUCCAAAUAAGAUCGAUGUGGCUACUGUGAUGUUGUGUUCGAAUUUGGAUGGUUCAGAAAAACUGAAUCCUUUGGUAAUUGGGAAAUACGAUAGUUAUAUCAGUUUUAGAAACUACUUCCCAGAUCAACCUACAGAUAGAGUUUCAGAAGCUUUGUUGGGUCAAAAAAUGGCAAUGAAGUUUAAUAUCUCAUUCCACAGUAAUCGUAAAGCUUGGUUAACUUCGAGUUUGUUCCACGAUUGGUUGGUCAGUUGGGAUAAAAGAUUGGUUGCGGAUAAUAGAAAAAUUUGGAUUGUACUGGAUGAUUCCGUUUCUCACAGAAUUAUCAAUAGCCGUUUGAAAAAUAUUCAACUGAUUUAUACUUCCUCUUCUUCGAAAUUCUUGCCAUUUAACUGGGGGGUCCUAGAUGAAUUUAUUAUAAGGUAUAGAAUCAAACAAUACAAAGCAUUGAUCAACUUGCAAAAAAAAUUAGAACAAAAAAUGCAAACUAAAGUACUGAUGAACCCUGAACAAAGUAAAUUGACAAUGUCAAACGCUUUGAAGUUCAUAAGAGAAUCGUGGAAUGAGGUAUCAUCAGAUAGCAUCAAGUCCAGUUGGAAAUGUUCAGGCAUCCUUCCUGCUUAUAUGAGCAACUCGGUUGAAGAUCGUAGGACGGCUUUCAGGAAAAGUAUGUCUUUGAUACAAGAUCUAGAUUUCUUAUGUGAUCAAUUUUACUGUGUAGAAAAAUGGGAUCAUGAUUUAUUAUUGAAUCUAAAUAUCGAAAAUAAAAACACAAAUUUCCUAAGUAUUGAAGAAUUGAUUGAAUGUUCUGUUGUGGAGAAAUGUGAGAAAAAUCCAGUUGGUACAGUUCCACAGAAAACUCCUGAAAAUUUCGUAUUUACACCUUCUGAAAGCAGUACCAUCACCUCUACCACUUCUACUGCCACGAAUAAUAAUAAUAUCAGUGCCAACAGUGUCAAUGAAACUUCACUGCCUGUUCCAAAUACGGAAUCUAGCGCCGCAACAUUCGGUUCAAAUUCUAAUUUAACUUCUCCAUUCGAAGUAACUCUGCAUUCACUUUUGAACGCCAAUACUUCUCUUCCAGAAAAUAAACAAUAUAACGUCAGUAAUCUCAUUGACAAGCCAGCAUUAUUUUCUAAUAGUGCUGAAAGCUUGGAGCUUACUAAAUCACCUGUAAACAUGGCUGUUAACAACGAUGAAUUCAUUAACACAAUAAUCGAUUCUAAGAUGUCGUUAGGUGUCUCUUCAGAGCCGGAAACAUUACACCAGCCUCAACCAAGAGUACUACCAAUUGCUUCCAAUUCAGCUAGUUCUCAAAUGGAAAACCAAAUACCGAAUUUUGGUAUGGCUGGGAUAAAUAGAAAUAUUUAUCAAAAGAUUCCUCCAACUAAUGAAUUGUCACCACAGAGCUUCCCUGAAUAUGAUGGUAUGAUAGGCAAAAAUAAUUCCUUGCUAAUUAAUAUCGAUAUUGCAAAAUCUCUGGGUAGUAUUUUAAGAAAUGUGGUUUCAAAUGAAUUGUACCUCUCUCAAACAACUAUAAACGAGAUUAAGGAAGCAUACGAUUCCGUACUGGAAACAAUCAGUUCUUCUAGAAAUAGUAAUAAUGCUUCAAGACAAAAGCGUCCUAAUGAAUCUACUCAAAUGAAUUCACAGCCAGCUGUAUCAUCUCUACAAAAUUCAAACUUUUCAGGAACCUAUGACUUUCAAAAUCAAAAUGAGGCUGACCAAGGUCCUUCAAAGAGAUUUAAACUAUGA